GCAUCAGCAAUGGCCGGCCUCCUGCGGCUCGCCGGCGCCGCCCGAUCCCUCUCCCGCGCGCUGGCCCCGGCCGCGCGGCACCACCGGACGCUCGCGUCCUCGGCGGCCGCCCUGGCCGAGGACGAGUGCUGGUCCGAGUGGGAGGAGGAGGAGGAGGAGGCGCGGCGGCAGCGGGCCCGCGCGUCGGCGCCCGCCGCGGAGUCCUUCCCGGCCGGCGGCGGGCCCGCGGGCGUGCAGUGGGUGGUCAUGGGCCGCCCCGGCCCGCAGAAGCACGCCCACGCCGCGCGCCUCGCCGAGGUGCUCGCCGUGCCCUACAUCUCCAUGGGCACGCUCGUCCGGCAGGAGCUCAGCCCCACCUCCUCGCUCUACAAGAAGAUUGCUAAUUCGGUGAAUGAAGGGAAGCUUGUGCCCGAGGAUAUCAUAUUCGGAUUGCUGACAAAGCGUCUUGAGGACGGAUACAACAAGGGUGAAACUGGAUUCAUCCUCGAUGGAAUCCCACGCACUCGUAUGCAAGCUGAGAUUCUUGAUGAGAUCGUGGAUAUCGACUUGGUUCUGAACUUCAAAUGUGCUGAUAACUGUUUCAUGAAGAGGCGUUCUGGGGGUGACAUCUGUACCCAUUGUGGGCAGCUUUUUGAUGCCAGCAGUCCGGUUUCUAGGGAGCGUAAUCUCUCCCUUGGAAGCCCGACUUGGCAUGCUCAGGCACAACCUGCUUCUAUAGUAGGCCUGGAGAACCCAAGGAUGGAGAAGAUGCGUGCUUAUGCUGAGCAGGCCAAGCAGCUGGAAGAUUACUACAAGAAACACAGAAAGCUUGUGGAGUUGAAGACAUCAGCUCGCCCUGGGGAAACCUGGCAGGGGCUCGUCAGCGCCUUGCAGCUCCAGCAUCUAGACCCAUCCCCGACACCACACAAACUCACCGCGUAAAUAGUGUCCACUGAGUGUUAAGGAUCUACAUUGUGAUCCACGCCUGCGACGUACGUAACGUACGUAGUAUAACUAUAAGUUUAAGUCCCUGAGGAUUCAGUGGCUGUGGUAUUUCGCCCUUUUCUGCUAUAGAUAAAAUGUAAGCGAUUUUGUAGACGCGCUUGCUUAUAUGUUUGUAACUGAGUAUUGAACUUGCAAAUGCAAGUCUACGGUGUGCCAGGCUCUCUGCCGUGCUGUUGUCUUGAGUACCAGUAUAAUUGUUCUGUGAGUUCUGCCCCCUCGAGUAGCCAGGCGGAUAUGGUGCUUUGUUCCUUUUUGUAAUAGAUAAAGUGUAAGCGAUUUUGUAGACAUGCUUGCUUAUAUGUUUGUAACUGAGAGUAUUUAACGUGCAAGUGUGCGGAGCGACAGUCUCUGCUGGUCUGUUGUUUUGAGUA